AAAAAUUCCCGGUGACCUUUUUAGCCGGCUUCACUUUGAUCUCUAUCUUUCACUUGUAUACCAUGUCAGCGUUCUUGGGUGGUGCAGACUGCGGACCGGUCAACCCGUUGAAAAACGUGACUGGGAGGCUCGACGUCGAUAGGUCGUUGUUCCAGGAUCGGUUGGUGUCGAAACCAAAUAUAGCGGGGCCGUCAAGGGAUGUUACGAAUUCUCAAUCCCCGUUUGAUCUCUCCGAGCUUCGUACCCAUCUGGUACCGGCGGCAGCGCCAAUCGGGCUGCAGCUCAGGCCAGCUGUCUCGGACUGGGCUCAAUCCUUUGUGCCUUCCGCCCGAGCGGCGGGAAAGCAGCGCGAGGUGAUAGGCUGGGAGAGGGAGUUUAAUACAAGAGAGCAUGAGCCGCGGCAAGAUGGGUUUCAGGGCCCAAGGCAGCUACUGCCGCGGCAGAUCGAGCGAACACCAUGGCAACCGAUGUUAAAUCGGCCAUACAUCGUUCCCACGCAGGAAACGCAGGAACCCACGCAGGAACCCACUCGGCCCGCUCCGCUUCCUCGCGAGCCACUUGAUGACGCCCAGGAGAUUCUCGCCAGAACAGCUCAAGCUUUCGUGGCGGAUGCGGAUCAGUCUUCGCUACUACGGGAUAACCCUAAACUCGCCCAAAGCAGGUUCAUGGAAUUGGUCAAUGCCGUGGCGAAAAAGGACGUGGUGGUGCAGGCACCUCCCGUGCAAUCGUUUGACCAGGUCGGACCCGGCGCGACGUUUGUGGAACGACCUGUGGCGUCGAACUGGGCAAGCGAGUUUUCGCCGGCGCCGGCACGAUCAGUACACUUUGAGAAGAUUGUUGAGGUUGACUUUGAACAAGACACAUUUGCCGAGUUUCAUAGUCAGCUGCGCCAGGCGAGGUCACCGCGGCUCGGCGUGGGUGCACUCGAAUCUUGGCACGAAUUGCAAGGGGUGGAGGGAAAGGCUCAGACGCGGUAUCUCUUCCAGAGUGCCAAUCCGUACGAGGACAUUGUCGGGCACGACUCGCCGACUCUCAAGGGCGUCUUGGAGCUCGAAGCCGUGGUCCAGGCCAGUCCUCAAGAUCACGAAGCGUGGUUUCACCUCGGUCUGAAACAACAGGAGAAUGAGCGAGAGGAUCAAGCUAUACUGGCGCUGGCAAAAGCUGUACAGUUGGAUCCUGACCACCGGCCGACCUAUCUCGCCCUCGCUGUGAGCUAUACCAAUGAAGGUGACCAGGGCGCGGCCAAUGUGAUGUUGGAGAAGUGGAUCGAUCUGCAGGAGGGCGCCAUGGCGCUGGUCCGGAGAGACGGCGAGACGUUGAGCCAAGAGAGGGAUCGAUUGAUUCAGAGAUUGAUCGGACUGGCGAGACAGAGCCCCGACGAGGUCGACCCGGAUAUACAGGUUGCCCUGGGCGUAUUGUUCAACUCGUCAGAGGACUAUGCCAAAGCGGAAGACUGCUUUCAGGCGGCACUCAGUGUGCGACCUGACGACUGGAUCCUGUACAACCGACUCGGGGCGACGCUCGCCAACAGUGGUCGGAGCAACGAAGCGAUCUCAUACUAUCACAAGGCGUUGUCGCUUCAUCCGAACUUUGUCCGAGCACUGUUCAACCUUGGUAUCGCCCACGUCAAUCUCGCUCAAUACGCCCAAGCUGCUCAGCGGAUCCUUGACGCGCUCAGGCUGCAACACGCCGAUGCGACAGAGGCAUACUCUGGGUCCAGUCUGCAGAAGGGAAUCGGUAGCAAUGUGCUAUGGAGUACGCUGAGGAACGUCUGCAUGCAUAUGGGAAGGCAAGACUACGUAGAGCUUGCGAGUCGUCGGGAUCUGGAUGGCUUCCCGUCGGUCGUGGAGGCUAGCCUUGGGUCGUAGAAUUUGCUACAGAUGUGGCGGCCGUCGAGAGCGUGGUAGAACUCUGUGACGACUUUGGGGCAGCAGAUUCUUCCUUGCGCUUUGUCUUAAUCGAAUGGUACAACACCUUUAAUGCAGCUCUUGCUUUCUCGA